AUGGCAGCCAACAUGGCCCUUGCUGGAGGUUAUGCCUACUUUGGGAAUUCCUUCGGCAACCCGUACCUAAUCAUGAGGGUAGAACUCAACAAGACUGCAACUGGCAACGUGGAAGCAAAAGUAGUAUGUUUUCAUGGAUGACAAGAUAUUCCCAGCACGCUUAGAACGCUUGCAGACAAACACGCUAAAGAAACUGAGGAAGAAUCUGAAACAACAAUUGAGGCCGACUUGACUGAUAAACAGAAACACCAGUUGAAACAUAGGGAACUCUUUUUAUCAUGCCAAUAUGAAUCUCUGCCUGCAACAUGUAUGAGGGGGAAAUGCAGUGUUGCCCUUCUGAAUGAGACAGAGUCAGUAUUGUCAUAUCUUGAUAAAGAGGAUAGCUUUUUCUACUCAUUGGUCCAUGACCCCUCAGUGAAAACACUAUUAGCUGACAAAGGUGAAGUCAGAGUGGGAUCUAUAUAUCAAGCAGACAUUCCAGAAAUGCUUUCAGAAGGAGAAUCAGAUGAGAAGGGACAAUCAAAACUAGAAGUUAAAGUUUGGGACCCAUACAGCCCACUUACAUAUCGACAGAUUGACCAGUUUUUAGUUGUAGCACAUGCUGUUGGGACAUUGGCUCAAGCCCUUGAUUGCAGCAGUACUGUAAGGCCUCCUAGUUUGCAUAUGAGCACAACUGCAGCUUCUGGAGACAUCACCCUAUUUCAUGCUAUGAAUACAUUGUAUAGACACAGCUAUGAUUUGAGCAGUGCAAUUAGUGUCUUAGUGCCACUUGGAGGACCUGUUUUAUGCAGAAAUGAACUGGAAGAAUGGUCAGCCUCAGAAGCUAGUUUAUUUGAAGAGGCACUGGAAAAAUACGGCAAAGACUUCAAUGAUAUACGUCAAGACUUUUUCCCUUGCAAAUCAUUGACGAGCAUCAUUGAAUAUUAUUACAUGUGGAAAACUACUGACAGAUGUGUACAGCAGAAACGUCUAAAAGCAGCUGAAGCUGAGAGUAAACUGAAACAAGUGUAUAUCCCACCAAAUCCCAACCAAGUAUCUACCAGAAACGGCAAACCUGGUGCUGCGAAUGGAGCCGUGGGGACCCUUGUGUUAAAAGACACAUAUCUCUCCUAG